CAGUCAGCGGCGAUGGCAGACGCGGGCCGGCGGUGGUGCUGCGGACGCUACGCGCACCCUCGUUCGUCCAGCGUACUGGGAACAUCAAGAGAUGACUUUAGCCCAGAGAAGUUAGCCACCUGCUUGAAAGAUGCCCUGUUUGGUUACACAGCCUCUGCAGAUUUCAUAAUCUACAUUUUGGCCACUCAUUCUCAUAAGCAAUGCCAGGCCAUCUGCAGACAUUAUCAUCUGCUGACUGCUCAGCAUCUGCAAACAGAUGUGAAUAAGCAAUUAGGUGGCUAUGUGUGUGAUGCAGCACUUAUGCUUCUUCAGGACAAAUGGGAAUUUAUUGCAAGGAACAUUCACUGUGAAAUGAAGAAAAAGUUUGCAGAUAUAGCCACCUUUAUAGAACUUCUGGGUGCGCAGAAUAAUUAUAACAUGCAAAAGAUCAAGGAGAUUUUCUACAAGAUGUAUAGGUGUGAACUAGAUGAUGCAGCAGAGAAGGAAGUGCACGGCCAUUUUCAGAAGAUAAUUGCUUUAUUGCUGAAGACAGACAGAGAUGAAUCAUUUAAAGUAGAUCAUCAGAAAGUUGAAGAAGAUGCCAAGGUUCUAAGAGCAGCUGGAGUUGGGAUUAAGUAUGCCUCAGAUGCAGCAGUAUUGUUCACCUUCCUUAAUAGUCGAAGCUACAGUCACCUUAAAAAAAUGUUUGAAGCAUAUCAUAGAUUAACUGGGAAGACCAUUCAAGAAAAAAUACAAAAUGAGUUUGUGACAGAAUGUUUCCAACAUGCCCUAGUGCUAUACGGUCCUGGAAUAAGACUACGAGGUCUGUCACCUGCAUACUUCAGCUUAUAUGUGCUGGUCACCUACUUGCAGAGAAUGCUAAAGAAUGUGUCUUACAGUAAUGCAACUUGCUACCAACAACAACAGCUGAAGAAGAAGAAGAAGAAGAAGAAGAAGCAGCAGCAAGAAACAAAUGGCAUGUGGAUCAACCACUUGACAUUACAACAAGAACAUAGCUGA